GUGCUUCGUUAGGAGGCAAGCAGUGACGACUUUGCCGACUCAAGUUGGAGACGGGCCAGCAGCGAGGCGGGAGCUUGGCGAGCGGCCUGGACACAUUACAGUUCAGCGGCUCGGAGCUCUCCGCACCCGGCCACCAGGACAGCACUCGGCGGGCACUCACGCACAGCCUGGGUGGCUGCCCUCUCGGCCUAGCCCCCGCCGCCAUGACGCGCCGCUAGCGGCCGCACCACGCCUAGGCGGAGCCGAGGCCGGAGCGUGCCGCCGCCGCGUGGCGCCUGAGCGGCGCCGCAACCUCGGUGCCAGCGACCGCGGCGGCACCCCCUCCCGCGCCCCAAUACAGCAGCAGUAGCGGACUGCUACAGCCACCAUGCAGGGAUACGGUUACGGGCAGCCGCCGCAGUACGGGCAGCAGCCGCAGUACGGUCAGCAGCCGCAGCAGCCGCAGAACCCCAUGCAGCCGGGCUACAUCCAGCAGCAACCGCAGCAGCCCAUGCAGCAGCCCAUGCAGAUGCAGAUGCAGCCGGGCGGCUAUCCGGGCAUGCAGCAGCAACAGCCCAUGCAGCCCUCCAUGCAGCCCUCCAUGCAGCCCUCCAUGCAGCCGGGUGCAUACGGUGCACCCAUGCAGAUGCAGCCGGGGGCCUACCCAGGGAUGCAGCAGCCGCAGCAACAGCAGCAACAGCCCAUGCACCACGCGCCUCAGAUGGUGCCGGGGCCGCCGCAGCAGCAGCAGCAGCAGCAACAGCAAAUGUCGUACCCGGGGGCGCCGUCACAGCCGCAGCAAUACGGGCAACCUGGGGCCGGCUAUGCGGGCGUGAAGCAGGAAGCGAGUCCCAUGGCGCCCACUGGCUUUCCGGGAAUGAAACAGGAGCCCAACUCGAUGAUGGCACCGGGCCCGUCGAUGGGCAUGGCGCCUGGGCCUAUGGGGCAACAGCAGCAGCAGCAGCAGGCCUUCAACAUGCAGCAAAUGCAGGCGCAGGCGCAAAUGCAGGCGCAAGCACAAGUGCAGGCGCAUAUGCAGGCGCAAGCGCAGGCACAAGCACAGGCGCAAGUGCAGGCACAAAUGCAGGCGCAAGCGCAGGCGCAGAUGCAAAUGCAGGCGCAAGCACAGGCGCAGGCGCAGAUGCAAAUGCAGGCGCAAGCGCAAGCGCAAGCGCAGGCACAAGCGCAGGCGCAGGCCCAAGCGCGGAUGAUGCAGCAACAGCAGCAACAACAACAGCAGCAGCACGCGGCGGCGGCGGCUGCAGCCGCGGCACAGCGGUCGACUGUCAUGCACCACCCGCAACCCAUGCACGCUGCCAACGCGGCCGCCGCGCACGCCGCCGGCGCCUCCCACCCAUCCACCACGCCGCACGCGCACCCGGGCACACCGGCGGCGCGGCCGCCCUCCACCACGCCCACGCCCGCGCCGGUCUCCAUGGGCUUCACUGAAAACCAGUUGGCGGUCCUGAAAGCCCAAAUCAUGGCUUUCAAGGCCCUGAAGAAGGGCCCCGUCGCCGCCGACCCCACCUGGCCCACCACGCUCGCCAACUGCUACCCCCCGCCGCUGGCAAUGGCCGCCGCCAAAAACCUUAUGGCGGCACACAACAAGCUUGUCGCCAACGCCGCCAGCGCCGCCAUCAAAGCCGCCACGCCCACGCCCACGCCCAUGCCAACGGUGGCGGCGCUCACGCAGCAGGCCACGGCGGCGGCCGCCGCCGCGGCGGCGGUGCAGGCGGCGGCGGGCCGCGCCGCGGCGGCGGCACCGGCGGCGCCCGCCGCCGCCGCCGUCAUCUUGCCGCCGCUGGAGGCUCCCAAGGACGCCAAGGAGGUUCACCGCUACGAGGGGCCGCUGGUGACGACGCAGCACCCGCCGGAGGUGGAGGUGUCGCCGGCGGUGGUGCAGGCGGCGGCGACGGCGGCGGCGCAGAGCGCGCUGGCGGCGGCGCUGGCGGCGGGGCAGACGACGGAGCAGGCCAUGGCGGCUGUGCAGGCCGCCGCCAACGCCGCCGCCAUACAGGCCUCGCAGGCGGCGGCGAACAGCGUGGACAACACCGGAACGCAGGUCCAGUGGGACGUGACCAAGCUCAUGGCGAACGAGUACCACCGCCUGCUCAUCCGCAAGCGCAAGCGCCGGAUGCAGCAAAUCAUGGAGAUGCUCCGAGCCAAGGACCGACUCGUGCCCGGGUUCGACGUGGGCCCCGCGCCGCCGCCCGCCAAGACAGGAGCGGCGGGAGGAGGAGGCGGAGCUGCAGCGGCAGGGGCAGCGGGCGGGAGCGGCGCGGCGGCGGAGGGCGGCACGGAGGCCGCGGGGUCUGGGGGAGGUGGUGAGGUGGUGGAGGCGCCGCAGCGGGCGGCUCGUGGCGCACUGAUGGCGGAGCUGCGCGGCCUCAGGCUGCUGGACCUGCAGGUGAAGCUGCGCGGCACCAUUGAGCGGGACGUGGACGAGCUGAAGAACCUGCAGGAGCAGCCCUACAAGAAGUUCGUCAAGGACGCCAGCCUGACCAAGUCGCAGCUGUCGUACGCGCUGGUGCAGCGGCGGCAGGCGGAGGCGGCGCACCGCGCGGGCGAGUGCCGCCUGCAGUGGCGCAACGUCAUCCUGGAGAGCACCAGCCAGAUGAACGCGCUGAGGAGCGUGAGGAACAAGGGCGUGCUCAAGGUGCACGAGCGCUGGCGCCGGUCGCACAAUCGCAACAUGGACGACGAGCACGAGCGGCGUAUGGAGGCGCUCAAGGCCAACGACCUGGAGGCAUACCAGGCGCUGCUGCAGCAGGCCACCGCGGGCGACACUGUGCAGGACGGCAACUUCAAGGAGAUCAGCCGCUUCCUGGCGGAGACCGAGGAGUACCUCAACAAGCUAGCGCACAAGGUGGCCAUGGCCAAGGUGAACCAGCAGACGGAGCUGGUGGUGCGCGAGGCCAUGGAGGAGGCGCGGCGGGCGGGGCACUCGGAGGAGGAGAUCCGCGCCAUCGGCGAGCGUGCCGCCGCCGAGUUCAAGGCGGAGAGCGACCUGUUGCGCCGCAGCCGCAUGCUGUCGGGCGACGCACAGAGCCGCCUGCAGGAGCUGGCCCACACGGUGGAGGAGGAGGUGUGCAUGCCCAAGCUGCUGCAGCCGCCGCCGGGGGCCACCCUGCGCGAGUACCAGAUGAUCGGGCUGCGCUGGAUGGUGUCGCUGUACAACAACAACCUCAACGGCAUCCUGGCGGACGAGAUGGGGCUGGGCAAGACCGUGCAGGUGAUGGCUCUCAUCGCCUACCUGAUCGAGCGCAAGAACUGCUUCGGGCCGCACCUCAUCAUCGUGCCCAACGCCGUCAUGGUCAACUGGAAGUCGGAGCUCACCAAGUGGCUGCCGGGCGUGCGCUGCGUCUACUACGUGGGCAGCAGGGACGAGCGAGCGCGCAAGUGAGGAGGGGGGUGGGGGGUGGGGGUUUGCAAGGAUAUUUGGAAUGCAGGAUGCACCGGGGGGGGGGGAGGGGAGGGAAGGGAGGGAGGAAGAGGGGGGGAAAGAGGGGCAGGGAGUGGGAAUGCUCGGUGUGAAGUGCGGUAGAUGGUGA